UUUUGUUCUUUAAUGUUAUUUGAAAUAAUUAAUCGAUCGCGCGUGUAGAUUUUUUGAAACGCCUUCGAAAAGUGAUGUUUUGGAGAAAUACUCUAGGCAGAAGUGGCAUUUUUUUAUUACCGGAAACCACAUACGGUGAAAUGCUGAAAUUAUUUCAUCUGCGAGAAAAAGUUGAGACGGAAGUCGUUUAUUGUGAUUGAGAAGAAAGUGAGAAGAAAGUGAUUCUCAUCGAAGAUGAGAAAUCAGGUGACGCUAGCAUGAUCGACAUCGGUGCGAUUAGUAUCCUGACGCUCUUCCUGAUCAUCGGCAACCUCGAGGCGAUCACAGUCGUGAACCAUCAUCCCGACGAUGAAUACAUCCUGGAACACGAAGUCCUUCGCAAGGACGCGCUCACUGAAGCAAAGAAACUGAAGAUAUAUCCUGUCGGCAUGGACCAGAGAGGACCCAUUCCGGGAUGCAAGCCUUGCACCUACCCUGAGAUGACUUACUGCACGAAUGGCAGCGUUAUCAACGAUCAUUGUUGCUGCGACGGCAGCUUCAACAAGGUGUUUCUCUUCGUCGAGCACACUUGUCGCGUGGGACCAGAGGAAUGCAAGGUGCACGCUGGAGACUGCGCGGAAUACACGCGACUGCGAGAAUGCUGUUGCCAUUCGUAUUUGGCCUCUGCCUGUAAGCGCUUAAAACUUUUCUAAACGUUCCGUAAAUCA